AUGACAACGGAUACACCGAUCCAGAUGAAAAAAGUGCCUUCAAAUACAAUUGACACCUUAAAGAAGAAAUCACAACCAAAGACAUUCAAGCAACGCGCAUUGGAAAAUGAGCUAGAGGGUACCUGUGUUAUCACUUUGGCCAUCCUCUUGGGCGCCUAUAUGGGACAUCCUUUAGCAAAGAAAUGCCUGACGAUAUCGUACAAAGUGGGUGAAGAUCAAUUUGAUAAGGGCUACGAUGAUUUCUAUUUUGUGGGAUUUUGGGUUGUGGCGUUUACCUUCUUGCGUGCUGCCGCUAUGAAGUUCAUGUUUCAUCCUAUUGCCAGACUGUUCAGCAUCAAGCCCUUUGCAAAGAGAGAGAGAUUCGCCGAGCAGGCUUGGACAUUCAGCUACUAUGCAGUGUUCUGGACAGCUGGUAUGGUAAUCAUGUACAAUAGUCCCCACUGGUUCAAUACUUCGCAGUACUGGAUUGACUAUCCCCACAUUCUCAUUUCCAAGCAAAUGAAAUGCUAUUAUUUGAUGCAACUCGCUUUUUGGGUCCAACAAGUGUACACUAUUCACAUUGAGAAGAGAAGAAAGGAUCACUUUGCCAUGGUGACUCACCACAUCAUCACUAUCCUCUUGAUUGUCUCGAGUUACUACACCAACUUUACUCGUAUCGGCAACGCUGUUCUCUGUUGCAUGGAUUUGGCUGAUAUCUUCCUUGCUCUCGCCAAGAUUUUAAAAUACAUUGGAUUAUCUGUCACUUGCGAUAUCACAUUUGGAUUAUUUGCGCUCUCAUGGCCUAUUACUAGACAUAUUCUGUUUUCGAUGAUCAUCUGGGCUACUGCAGUUGAACCAACGAGAUACCUUGAUAUGAAGUGGGAGCCUGAGAAAGGAAAGUACUUUACACCCUUUACGCAAAAGAUUUACAUCUUUUUGUUUGUGUCAUUGAAUGUGAUUAUGGUAUAUUGGUUUGCGAUGAUUGUCAGAGUUAUCAUGCGUGUUUUGCAAGGCAACAAUGCUGAAGAUACCCGUAGUGACGAUGAGGAUGAGGAAGACAUCAAAGAAGAAAAACCUGCCAUAAAGCAACAACUUCAAAACUAA